GAUAGAAAAAGUAGACAAUAUGCUAGAGCUGCUGUUGCUAAAAGUACUUCAUCUUUAGCCCAAAGUAGGCAAAAUGCCAGAGCAAUUAUUAUUGAAAAUACUUCGCCAUUGAUCCUAAAUUAUGAUGUAAGUGAUGAAACCAGAAUUGACAAUGAAAAUAAUGAAGACGAACUUUUUUAUGAUUUUGGUGAUCUUGAAGAACUUGUGUCUAUUAAUUUCAAAGAUAGUGAAGAAAAAAAUAACCAUGUCGAAUUUUCUAUAAAAGUAAAAAUUGAAAAAGAAUUAGUUAAUGAGAAUAUAUUAUUGCCUGAAUUUGAUCAAAAUGAAGAAGCUGAAAAAUUUUGUAAGAUUAUUAAUAUCAUGAUUGUGCCUCUUCAAACAGGAUCAG